AUGGCAAACGCACUUUUGAACACAAUUUUACGAAAAAUCGGCCCUUUUUCCACCUCCAAGGCCGUUCUGAGUAAUGGUGCCGCCUUAAUACAUACAAGUGGCAACCAUCAGGCUAAAUGGUACCCCGAUUCGGAAUGGAUGAAGCAGUUCGAAGGCCCCGUUAUGUAUCCAGAUGAAGUUACUAGUAAAUGGGCUCUACCUCCAUGGAGUGCCCAGAAAGCCCCUGUCGAAAAGUCCGUAAAAAAUAUGACCCUAAAUUUUGGUCCACAGCAUCCAGCCGCCCACGGGGUGUUGCGUCUGGUUCUGGAUCUCGAUGGAGAGAUAGUGAAAAGGGCUGAUCCCCACAUUGGUUUAUUACACAGAGGCACAGAAAAGUUAAUUGAAUAUAAAACUUAUACACAAGCUCUCCCAUAUUUCGACCGUCUUGACUAUGUUUCCAUGAUGUGUAACGAACAGUGUUACAGCUUAGCCAUAGAAAAAUUGCUGAAUAUAGAUGUCCCUAUUCGAGCUAAGUACAUCAGAACAUUGUUUGCGGAAAUUACGCGAAUCUUGAACCACAUUAUGGCUGUUGGCACCCACGCUCUAGACGUGGGGGCUCUAACCCCCUUCUUCUGGUUGUUUGAGGAACGUGAGAAGAUGAUGGAAUUUUACGAAAGAGUCUCUGGGGCGCGUAUGCACGCUGCGUAUAUCAGACCAGGAGGUGUCUCUCUCGAUUUACCUCUCGGACUAAUGGACGAUAUUUAUGAAUUUUCCGCAAAAUUUGGUGAACGACUUGACGAAGUUGAAGACGUGCUGACGACGAACAGGAUUUGGGUGCAGCGCACGGAAGAUAUUGGUGUUGUGUCAGCGGAAGAUGCUCUCAAUUAUGGAUUCAGUGGUGUUAUGUUGCGAGGUUCAGGAAUUAAAUGGGACUUGCGCAAAGUCCAGCCUUAUGAUGCUUAUGAUUUGGUUGAUUUUGAUGUGCCUAUUGGCGUGAAAGGGGAUUGCUACGAUAGGUAUUUGUGUCGUGUUGAAGAGAUGAGGCAGUCACUUAAGAUUAUUGAACAGUGUUUGAAUAAUAUGCCUCCGGGUGAAAUUAAGACGGACGAUGCGAAAUUGACGCCCCCAAGUCGAGCCGAAAUGAAGACGUCCAUGGAAGCGCUGAUCCACCACUUCAAACUAUUCACCCAAGGUUAUCAGGUGCCCCCUGGCGCCACAUACACGGCUAUCGAAGCACCGAAGGGUGAAUUUGGCGUCUACUUAGUGUCAGACGGCGGUUCAAAGCCCUACAGGUGCAAAAUUAAAGCUCCAGGCUUCGCCCACUUGGCAGCUUUAGAAAAAAUAGGUAAAAACCACAUGCUGGCAGACAUCGUCGCCAUCAUCGGUACUCUCGACGUAGUAUUUGGUGAAAUCGAUCGAUAAGCUUAAACUGUAUUUUUCCAAUUAUUUAAGUGUAAAUAAUGUCAUAAGUUUAAAUAAACUAAAAAAUAGUGUAUA